GCUUCGGGUCGCGCCCAGAGCCCGACCGCCGGCGCCAGGGCCGCCGCCGCCGCCCGAGGGCCAGAGCGUCGUCAUCGACCGGAGCACCUACUUCGAGGAGGGCACCGAGCGCGCCGUGGAUCGAGCUGAGGAGGCGGCUGGGGGCGAGAUGCUGGCGCCGGCGCUGGGCGACGCCAUGGCGGUCGACCGCUUCAGCUGGAACUGUCGCAUUAGCCAGCCUCUCCCCAAGGCCAUGGCCAGGCUGUGCCUGUUCAACGACGGCUUGAUGGAGUGCCGGGCGCUGUGCCCGAUGAUCUUUUGCUUUGCGCGGAGGCUGGUUGCCACUUCGACCCGUGCGCUCGCGGCCAAGGACAGGCUGGAGCGCCGCGGCCGCUGGGUCCUAGUCUCCGGGGGCCCGCGGCUCAGCUAUGGCCGGGGCCCUGUGGGGUGUGGGGGCUGGGGGCGGGCCGCCUCGCGCGGGCCACGAGAGGCGCUCGCGGUCCGACCCGCUGAAGCUGCCUCCGCCGCCGGGCCCCCCGCCGGGCCCGCCGCUGGGGCGCGGCGACCGUCCGCGUCGGCCCUCGCAGUGUGCGCGGGCGCGUCCGAGAUGGAGCUCCCGCUGAUCUUCAGGUACGUGAGCGGGCCCCAUCAGUCCAAGGGCGGCGCGGACAGUCAUAACAACGAGGACAGGGACAAGGGCGCGCCCGAGGCCGCGUCGCCCGCGCGGGCUAUACCGACGAAG